ACUUUAAAAAGUACAUAGUGAUGAAAUUUGUUUGUGUUACAAGAAAUUAAAAGACUUGUUAGACCGGCUUUCAUUUUAUCGGCCACUUCAGUGAUCCUGCAGUUUUCGUUGCAUUGCAAUUGAAUCGUGUUCAUUCGUUUGCCAAAAUGUCGAUACAAUGGACAUUCAUUGCCGGUUAUCUUUAUUUUGAAAUAGCCAUUGUCAUUAUACUGAUACUACCACUAUUCAGCCCAAGAAAAUGGCACGCUUUCUUUCAAUCUCGACUAUUUUCUAUUUUCCAACAGCAAGCUGCUGUGUAUUUCUACGUACUUCUUGGAGUGUUGGCUUUAUUCCUCAUGGACGCUGUCAGGGAAAUGCGUAAGUAUUCAUCGACUGACCACACGCAUUUAACAAGUGAAAUGAAAGGAAAUGUUAAACUGUUCAGAGCACAAAGAAAUUUCUACAUCACAGGAUUCGCAAUAUUUCUCGCAUUUGUCAUAAGGCGCCUUGUAACGAUGAUAAUUAUACAGUAUGAAUUGGAAAUGAAAGCACAAGAAAUCAUAAAGAAAGCGGAGGAUACAGUAAAAAUGGCCAAAUCAACAGUUGUAGCUAACACUAUUCAUGAAGCACAGGAUAAUGCAAUUAAACAAAAAUUAGAAUUGACUGAGAACAUGUUGGAAGAGCAACAAGCUAAAGUAAAAGAAUUAGAAGCGGAGGCUACAAUGUGGCGUCUCAUGUAUGAAGAUUUGAAGAACAAUGCGAGCGGACAGGGUGACACAUAAAAACUGAGAUUAGAUCUAUAUUAAUUAUAAUUAUCUAUAUAUUAUUCUAUUAAUUUCGAUAAAUACUGAACUGUAUAAUAUUGUACUAAUAAUGAUAAUUCAUGGAUGGAAACUAGGCAUCCUAUUUACACAUCAUUUCUAUUUAUGUAACUUACUCAUCUUGUAAUACUUAACCUUUUUUUGGAAGUAGUAUUUUAUUAUUCCCAUUUAUAUAGAAAUUCUUACAUAUUAAUUCAGUUAAAUUAUAUAAAAAGCUUAUUAUUUUAUUUUCAAGUGUGAGAGAUAACAAUGAGUGAUGUUUUUAUAAGGGUGCUGUACUUAUAUUGUAAGGAAAAAAUGGUUGGAUAUCUUUUUGGACUGAUUAAAAGAAGUAUCUGUCUAUCUUUGAAUCUUUUUAUUAAAGUAAAACUUUAACUUGUUUGCAUUUUGUUUGUUUUUAUGGUAAAAUGCAUUUUUAAUGUUUAUUUGGCUGUGUAAAUAAUAA